CUAGUGCUCGCAGUGGGUUCGAUGCUCGGAAUGUGCGUACCGAAAUCAGUUUGUAGUUUUUUAAUGAGACAAAAACAAGCUGGCAUCUCGUAGUUGGCCGUGAUAUAUGAUUACAACUUCAUGUCAGACGCCGUCAGGCAGAAUCAUCGAUCCAAAAUCCGACCGAUCUGCAGCCCGCAAGUUACACAAAUUGAUAAAAAGUACAAGGUAAAAAAAAUAAACAACAAUGAAUGAAUUAAUACAACUUCCGUCAUUACGUUUGAUUCCAUCUCUUCCCUAUCGAUCGUGGCGUUAUACUUAAUUAAAUUAAACGUAGCCGCCUCCGUUACGUUAACAGAAUUAAGUACAUAACUUAGUAUCUAGUGAAAUGAUUGACUGUCAUUGACCUGACCAUCUGCCACGCCCGCCGGCGACAGAUUUCGUUCAAUGUACUGAUUCACAGUUUCCUCUGCAAGGCCGGCGCGCGACCUUGCUAUUUGAUCAGCAAACAGUUUAGCGUAGUGGGGCUUGGACACCGCAAGCAUUUCGUAAUCCCACACAGAUCAACGACAUACACAUACCUACUUAUUACUUCAUACAAUUUAUACUAAAUCCGAGUUCAUCUGCGUUCCCACGCGUACAAGUUAAUUCUUCAGCAAAUUGCAUUUUUAUCCUCUUAAUUGAAUAGGUACCUACGUAUUUUUAUGGUUGCGUGUGAACGCACAGACAUUAGUGACUAUUAACGUGUAGUACUCCGCUUUAGUCUCGGAGGGCCUGCGGAGUGAACUGUGUGCUCGUGCCUUAUCGUUAGCUUCACGAAUUAAACAAAACGAUUAUAACGCAUUGACAUUUUGUAUUUUAAUGAAUUCGUAGUGUUAAAAAGUGGAAACAAAUAACCUCAUAUCAUGGAUUACCUAAGCGGCUGGUGCAAAAGCCAGAAACGCUUGGAUGGGUGCACAGUCAUCGUGACGGGCAGUAACACGGGCAUCGGCAAAGAAACAGCCUUCGAUAUGUACCAGAGAGGUGCUCGCGUGAUAAUGGCUUGCCGCAACAUGGAGAAGGCGGAGGCGGCGCGGGCAGAGCUGCAAACGCGCGGAGGGACGCAGGCGGGCGCGGGCGAGCUGCUGCCGGAGCAGCUGGACCUGUGCAGCGCGCGCAGCGUGCGGCAGUUCGCGCGCCGCGUGACGUCACGCGGGGAGCGCGCGCGCCUGCUCGUGUGCAACGCCGGCGUCAUGAUGUGUCCGCAGAGCCGCAGCGAGGACGGCUUCGAGACGCACAUCGCCGCCAACCACCUCGGACACGCGCUGCUUUCGCUGCUGCUGCUGCCCACACUCAUACAGAAUGCUCCCUCAAGGAUUGUCUUCGUUUCAUCAUACGUACAUGCGAAACAUGAACUCGACUUGGAUGACCUGAAUUUCGAACGGAAGCCAUACAACCCGUUCCAAGCUUACUGCAGAAGUAAGGCUGCCAACGUAAUGUUCGCCAGAGCACUUGCUGAUAAACUCAAGGAACACAACAUAGCAGGAGUUACAACAUACAGCCUGCACCCCGGCGUGAUCCGCACGGAGAUCAGCCGGCACUUCGACGAGGCUAUUGUCUCUGGCACGGCGUGGAUGUUCAACAACGUGCUGGGGCCAGUGUUCCUCAAGUCUCCGCAGUGUGGCGCGCAAACUACCAUCUACUGCGCUGUAGAUGAUGCCUGUGCUAAUGAAAGUGGCCUGUAUUACAGUGAGUGUGCGGUGACCAAGCCUUCCAAACAAUGUCAGGACGGGGAUCAAGCUGCUAGACUGUGGGAUAUCACAGUAAAAGCAUUGAAACUUAACUUAGACAAGUACAAUCCUUUUGGUGACCAGCAUCCUACUGAUGAAGCAUUUAUUUAAGUAGGUACAAUAAAUAUAU